AUGCCAGACACACUCACUGCUCCUGGGAGCAGUACAUACUCGUCGAAUACACUCCACGCUGGCGAUGGAACAUGGGAUUUGACGCGGGACACGUUCCUGCUGCCCAAUUUGAUGGGCGUGAACUUUGAGACAAUGCGAUACAAUGGCAUGGGAAACCGAUUCAAGGAUAUGACUGGGUACCAUUCUAUCAUUAUUGCCCAUGGUGUGAUUGGUACCAUUGUUUUCUUGGGUCUCGUCCCUAUUUCCACAUUUAUCAUCCGUUACUACUCCCGAUGGAAUCCAUACUGGGCAUUCAAGCUUCAUGCUUGGUUCCAAGUAAUGACGUUACUGUUGUCAACGGUGGUGUUUGUACUUGGCUGGUUUGCCGUUGGCCCGGAGAGGAGCUUGACUAACCCACACCAUGGAAUCGGCUUAGCAAUCUAUGUCAUGGUCAUAUUUCAGAUGCUGUGGGGCUGGUUUGUGCACAAAAAGGAGAGCAAGAGAACCAGACACCAUGUCCCUCUGAAGUUGGUGAUUCACCGCUGGUUCGGUCGCGCUCUGUGCCUUUUGGGAAUUGUUCAGAUUCCUCUGGGACUGACACUCUAUGGCUCCCCCAAGGUCCUUUUCAUUCUCUUCGCGCUUGCGGCUUUUGGUUAUUUGAUGUUGUACUUCGUGCUAUCCUACCUUUACGACGAUGAGGGCUAUCAUAUGGCAAGUGAGCACGGGAGUCGAUACUCCGGACCAUCAGUUGUCACAGAGGAACAUCAUGGUGGUGGUGGUGGUGGUGGCGGUGGUGGUCUCGGACAGGCUUUGGCCGGGGGUGCUUUGGGAGCAGGAUUGGCUUCGAUGUUCAAGCGGCGCCAACGAAGCCGCCACUCGAGCCAGGUUUAUGAAGAGUCACGCACGUCUGUCUCCGAUGAGAAGUACUCUGACGAAUCUUCUCGUCGUCAUGAGAGCGGUGGCUGGGGCAAAAAGAUCCUCCAGCUGGGUGCAUUAGCAGGUGGGGGUAUGCUCGCGAAGAAAUGGUGGGAUCGUCGACGAGAUCGUGAAGAAGACUCCGAAGUUGGACGGUACAGACCCGCCCACUCGCGUACGGACAGCUAUUCAGAAGAAUCUCUCAGUCGACUGGAAGAUGGACGACCGGAGCCCGUUCACCCAGCGCCACUCAAUCGACCUCCAAGCCGUGUGCCGAGCAGACCUCAGAGCCCCGGUUCAUCUUACUACUACAAUAGUACGUACCUUACCGAACCUCAGGAGCGGCGUCCUUCGCAUGGAGUUCGUGACGCGCUUCUCGGCGCUGGUGCCUUUGCUGCGGUGAAACGAAUGUUCAGCCGCAAAGGCAAGGAUGACGAAGAAAAACGUCGACUCGAUGACAUCCACCGUCGGGAAGAAGAAGAUGAAUAUUUGCAAAGAGCGAACAGCAAGCGACGACAGGAUAGUCAAGGAGUUUAUCCACAGCGACGAAGGCCGAGCUCCUACACUGAAAGUGAUCUCACACCAACCGAUCUUACUCCUCGGCCGCCUAGGCCCCCUCGACAACCAUCGCACAGCUCUCUUCUCACGGCAGAGCCAGUGGCAACAGGCGCUGUCUAUCCUUCACGCUCUGACAUUCCUCCUAUUCCUCCAGCGCAUCACGAGCUUUCCGGUGAUUUAAUACCCCCACCUCCAGCUUCCCAUUACUCCCAUUCUCAUCAUGCCGAGGAAUUGGCAGCUGGAGCGGCCGCUGGGGCUGCACUGGGCGCUGCAUCCAGCCAUCGUCGCAGCGAUGUGAGUCGACGAGAUGAUCACGUCGAGUCUCCGCCGGUCUCUGUCAAAGUGAAGAUGCACAAUGAUGGUCGGCAUGUUACACUCCGUCGUCUGACAGAAGAAGAGGCGGCUGCGCAGCGUGAAGCACGCCGCAGAGAGCGACGGAAUUCUCGUCGUCGCGGCAGCAGUGCAGGCUCCUUAUCCGGUGGAGAGCGUGAAUCAGACCGCUGGCGUCGCGUUGAAGAAAAGGAGCGUCGGCAAGCCGAGCAGAUACGACGAGAACAGCAGGCCGCAAUGGCCCCUCAACCAGGCAGCAUACCUCCCUCUCCUUUCCCUCAAUCUGACUCUCAAAUCAGCGUAAUGCCACCGCCACCUCCUAUUCCGCAUCCCGCGGCUUCGAAUAUCCCAUACGGCGCUGGAAGUGUCACUUCACCUGGCACGUGGACCGGCACCGAAGCUAGCGGAUCCUACGCCAACAACCGUCGUCGCCGACGUGCAGAGCGAGCUCGAGCACGCCAGGACAGGCAACAACGGCCUGGCGUGGAAUUCGAGUAA